CACCAGCAAUGUCCCUCGUCAGCAGCGCACAAGCGGGAGCAGCAGCAGCAACUGCCAUUCUUGCUGGUCGAGCUGGACAGACACCUCAGGGCGACAUGGCAAGCCUGGUUGCUAUGGGGCAGCUGACGCCCGAGAAGCAAAUGGAGACGAGCCCCGGCAGCAACAGAAUUUAUGUUGGCAAUGUGCCCUUCGGCUUCUCUUCAGAGGACCUCAAGAAAAUAUUUGUUUGCUUUGGCUCCAUCUUGACCUGCCAGCUGCUGCCUUCGCAAGAAAACCCGCAGCAGCACAGAGGCUACGGCUUUAUAGAAUUUGCUUCUCCAGAAGCAGCAAAACUGGCCAUAGACACUAUGAACGGCUUCGAGGUCGUCGGGAAGCAGCUGAAAGUCAACUACGCGACGGCGCUGCGGAGUGCUGCUGUUGCUGGCAGCUUGGGUGUGGGGAUGGGAGCGCAGAUGGCAGCAGCAGCAAAUGCAGCAGCAGCAGCUGCUGCUGCUGCUGACGGUGCUGCAGCUGCUGCUGCGCUGCAGGGAGCGACGGGCGCCAACACCACUCCGCUGGGCGCGCAGCAACCUGCUGCUGCUCCUGCUGCAGCAGCAGCUCCUGCUGCAGUUUCCCCGCAGCAGCAGUCGCCGCAGCAGCAGUCGCCGCAGCAGCAGUCGCCGCAGCAGCAAGCGGGAGGUGAUGCAGCAGCUGCAGCAGCACCUGCUGCAGCAGCAGCAGCAGCAGCAGCCCCUUUCCCAGAGAAGCCCAGCGGCGUUCCCGGCAGCAGCAGCAUUUUGCUGCUGACGAAUACUGUUGCUGCAGAAGAGGUGGAUGAUGAUCUGAAGGAAGAGAUGAGAGAAGAGUGCCGCCGGUUCGGGGAAGUGGACGAAGUGCGGGUUGAAAUCAUUCAAGGGGAAGUUCGAAUCUUUAUUGCUUUUGCUGCUGCUGCUGCUGCUGCUGCUGCAGCACCGCAGCUGCACGGCCGCUGGUUUGGGGGGCGCCAAAUCCAGGUGCACUUCUACGACCCAGCUGCGUACAAGGCAGGAGACUACACCAAGUAG